AUGAAAUAUUUAAUUCCAUCUUAUUUUAUACUCUUCAUUUCAAUUAUUACUAUUUUUAAUGUAUACUCCACAACGAAAGCAUCAAAAAAAUUUGACAAAAAAUGGGAACAAAUGACAGCACCAGUGAAUGGAACUAUGAUGGUAAGAUUAGGAAAAAAAGGAGUAGAGUUUCACAACAACCAACAUUCAAAUGAAACCAAAUUAAUAUUUGUAAACGUUACCGAAGGUCUAAAGCGUGGAAAAAAAGCAGAAGGAACCAAAAAAUUAAAGCUAAAAAUUUUGGUUACAAAAUCAACUAGUGAUAAUAGAAACAGAAAGCAAUACUGUCAAAGACUUCGUGUAAUAUUUAAUGUAACUAAAGAAGGUAAAAAAGUACCAAUAAGAAGUGAGCUGUUUAAAAAAAUUUUACAAGGAGAAUGUAUUAUCCCAAAAAAUAACAAAAAUGCACCACAGAAAAAAAAAAUUUAA